AUGACCCUUCACGGUGAGACAGAUCUCCUCAUGCGUAGGACUUUCCCUACACUUAUGGGCGGGAGAGCACUGACAUGGUACACCAUUUUGCCAACUGGUAGUAUUGCGUCCUGGGAUGAUCUGGCAGGCAAGUUUCAAACCCAUUUCGCAACCAGUCGCCCAGCGCCUAAAUCUGUCCGCUCCCUUGAAAAUAUUCGCCAACAAUCAAGGGAGUCCCUUAGAUCCUUUUUGGACCGCUUUGAUAAAGAGGCUCUGCAGGUCCAAGGUCUAGACCCUGAGGUGCAAGUGCAUAUACUCCUGUCGGGCUUGCGACAAGGAGCGUUCGCCUACGAGCUUGCUCGCCAUGAAAUUACUGACCUAGAAUAG